CAGAGGAGCGGCGGCGGCGGCGGCGGCGGCAGCCUCAGCAGCGGCGGCGGCAGCAGCGGCAACAGAAGCUGCCGCGCCACUGAGUAGCUGCAAGGACUCGGAGUCAGAGUAGGAUUAUAGGAUUGGAUCUGAGUGGGAACAAGAGUGAGCUGGCCUGAGAGAGGAGCAGAUCCCUCCCAGCGCCCUCGGGCCACCCAUUGCCAGCAGUCUUCGCGCCAGAGCUCUUGAGAGGAGACGGGACAGCCAACCCCAGCCUCUCCAGCCUGAGGAUGGCGUCCUCUCUGCUUGAGGCUGCUUUCAGGGUCCCUCUGAAGGAACUUGGGGUGAGAUAAUCCUCCUUGAAUGUCAGUGCCCUCCAGUAGCAUCAAAUUAUCCCUCUUCUUGGGGCCUUCGGAAGACACCAUUCUCAGCCUGAAAUGGUGGCACACACCUUUAAUCCCAACACUUGGGAGGCAGAAGCAGGAAGAAGCUCACUAUGGCUCCAGUCCCCUGGCCAUGCUGACGGCGGCUUGCAGUAAGUUUGGUGGCUCCAGCCCUCUGCGGGACUCAACGGCCCUGGGAAAAGGAAGCACAAAGAAGCCAUACUCCGACCUUUCAGCUCCCAAAGCCAUGGGGGAUGCCUACCCAGCUCCCUUUUCCGGCACCAACGGGCUCCUCUCCCCGGCAGGCAGCCCUCCAGCCUCGGCCUCUGGCUAUGCCAAUGACUACCCACCCUUUCCUCACUCAUUUCCUGGGCCCACUGGCGCCCAGGACCCUGGGUUACUGGUACCCAAGGGGCACGGCUCUUCCGACUGCCUGCCUAGUGUCUACACCUCUCUGGACAUGGCGCAUCCCUAUGGCUCCUGGUACAAGGCAGGCAUCCAUGCAGGCAUCUCACCAGGUCCAGGCAACACACCUACUCCUUGGUGGGACAUGCACCCGGGGGGUAACUGGCUAGGUGGAGGGCAGGGCCAGGGUGAUGGGCUGCAAGGGACACUGUCCGCAGGCCCUACUCAGCCUCCACUGAACCCCCAGCUGCCUACUUACCCUUCUGACUUUGCCCCACUUAAUCCGGCACCCUACCCAGCGCCCCACCUCCUGCAACCAGGGCCCCAGCAUGUCCUACCCCAAGAUGUCUACAAGCCCAAGGCAGUUGGCAAUAGCGGGCAGCUGGAGGGAAGUGGUGCAGGCAAGCCUCCCCGGGGUGCAGGCACCGGGGGCAGCGGUGGGUAUGCCGGCAGUGGGGCAGGGCGGUCCACUUGCGACUGCCCCAAUUGUCAGGAGCUAGAGCGGCUGGGGGCAGCAGCGGCUGGGCUGCGGAAGAAGCCCAUUCACAGCUGCCACAUCCCUGGUUGCGGCAAGGUGUACGGCAAGGCUUCACAUCUGAAAGCCCAUUUGCGCUGGCACACUGGCGAGAGGCCUUUCGUCUGCAACUGGCUUUUCUGCGGCAAGAGGUUCACCCGCUCCGACGAGCUGGAGCGCCAUGUGCGCACUCACACCCGGGAGAAGAAGUUCACCUGCCUGCUCUGCUCCAAGCGCUUUACCAGGAGCGAUCACUUGAGCAAACACCAGCGCACCCACGGGGAACCAGGCCCGGGGCCGCCCCCAAGUGGCCCUAAGGAGCUGGGAGAGGGCCGUAGCGUCGGUGAAGAAGAAGCCAGUCAGCCUCCCCGAUCUUCCACCUCGCCUGCACCCCCAGAAAAAGCCCCCGGAGGCAGCCCGGAGCAGAGCAACCUGCUAGAGAUCUGAGCUGGGUAGAGGAAGGUCUCCAGCUCCAGGGUCCUCUUGCCAGGCUCUCUUGGUGUGGGGGACCACCGCUGCCCCUCGCCCUUUCCUAUGCAUGCUGUACUUUGGGGCUCUCUGCCUUCCCCUAGACCUUCCUAGCCUGGUUGUCUCCUUAGCUCGCUUCCCUUUGCCGCGAGUCUUAGGCAAACUCCUCUCAAGCCCUUGCCUGUGUCUAGUCCUGUGCUCUGGCUUCCUGAACUUUUCCCUCCCUGCGCCGCUCACAGCUUCUCUUACUUCCCUCCUGUUUCCCGUUAACUCUUUCUUUUCUGCUUCCCAACCCUGUUCC